CGAAAAUGGACGAGCCUCUGGAUCCAGAUGGACUCUUAGACAUUUGUCGAGUGUGUCGAUGUGAGAGUACACCAGACAAACCACUUUUUCAUCCAUGUGUAUGUACUGGUAGUAUCAAGUUUGUGCAUCAAGAGUGCUUGGUACAAUGGUUGAAGUACAGUAGAAAAGAAUAUUGUGAAUUAUGUAAACACAGAUUUGCAUUCACACCCAUUUAUUCCCCUGAUAUGCCAAAGAGGUUACCUGUAAAGGAUAUAUUUGGUGGAUUAUUGAAAAGUAUAGGCAGAGCUGUACGAUACUGGUUACAUUAUACAUUGGUAGCUUUUGCUUGGUUGGGAGUUGUACCACUAACAGCAUGUCGUAUAUACAGAUGUUUGUUUACGGGAUCUGUCAGUUCUUUGUUAACACUGCCAUUAGAUAUGCUUUCAACGGAAAACAUAGCAUCAGAUUGCUUCUAUGGGUGUUUUGUUGUAACAUGUACAUUAUGUGCAUUUAUAAGUCUGGUAUGGUUACGAGAACAGAUCCUUCAUGGUGGUGGACCUGAGUGGUUAGAACAAGAUGACCAAGGACAGAAUCCACAAAGGAAUUUCUUGGAUGCAGGAAUGGUCAAUAACUUAGUAGGAGGGUUUGGAGGUGGAGCUCCAAGAGCAGCACCAGCCAAUCAAAAUGAAGAUAACAAUCAACAAGCGCCUGCUGCUGGAGAAAUCAAUGAGGAAGAAAUAGAGGAUGAUGGGAUUGAAGGUGGAAACAAUGGCAACAAUGCUGCUCAAGAUGAAAUAAACUGGAACCCAAUAGAAUGGGACAGAGCAGCAGAAGAAUUAACUUGGGAACGGCUUCUUGGACUUGAUGGAUCAUUGGUAUUUUUAGAACAUGUUUUUUGGGUGGUAUCAUUAAACACAUUGUUUAUAUUGGUAUUUGCCUUUUGUCCUUUCCAUAUUGGACAUUUUACAUUAGUUGGACUUCGUCUAGAUGACAUUAUGGAAUCUACACAUUAUGAAGGACUAUUGACCACUAUGAUUGGCUAUAUUGUUAUAGCAUUUUCUCUGGUAGUUUUAUACAUGUUAUGUGCCAUUGCCAGGCUUAAAAAAUUCAGACGAGUCCUAGGGUUAUGUUACAUUGUAGUAAAAGUGAUGUUACUAGUAGUCAUAGAGAUUGGAGUCUUCCCACUUAUCUGUGGUUGGUGGCUGGAUAUAUGUUCUUUGUCCAUGUUUGAUGCUACCCUGAAGGACAGGAAGAAUAGUUUUCACUUAGCACCAGGAACCUCCAUGUUUAUCCAUUGGUUGGUGGGAAUGGUUUAUGUUUUCUACUUUGCAUCCUUUAUUUUGUUACUGAGAGAGGUUCUCCGACCAGGAGUGUUGUGGUUCCUGAGGAAUUUGAAUGACCCAGAAUUUAACCCAAUACAAGAGAUGAUUCACCUUCCAGUUUACAGACAUGCCAGAAGAUUUACUGCUUCAGUGAUCAUAUUUGGAAGUACAGUACUACUGAUGCUGUGGUUACCAGUUCGAGUUGUCAGGAAGAUAUUUACUGGUUUUUUGCCAUAUCAUGUCAUGUUAUCUAGUGAUGCUCCAGUUAGUGAGCUAUCUUUAGAAUUAUUGUUACUACAAGUGGUAUUGCCAGCACUACUGGAACAAGGACACACAAGGAUGUGGUUGAAGGGUAUGGUCAGAGGAUGGACACUGGGCAUGGCUUAUAUUCUUGGCCUUAGAUCAUACCUCCUCGGAGAUGUACCAAUAAACAGUUCUGACAAUGUGGUAGAGGGUGACCAGCCUGUACAGCACCCAGCACCAGCCAACCUCCCACAGCCUCAGCCAGGAGGAUUAGGAGCUGCUCACCAGGCUAUGCUCCAGGGAGGUGGUCCAACAGGAUUCCAGGCCUAUAAAAGACCAUCAAUAUUUCAUUUUAGAAUUGUUCUGUUGGUGUUACUGAUGUGCUUUACCUUAUUCUUCUGUAGUCUUUUGUCUUUGGUUUUACCUGUAUGGUGUGGUCGUCAGUUGAUGGCCCUGUGGAUGGGAGAGGCUAAAGUCCACGAGUUAUAUACAGCAGCUUGUGGACUGUAUAUCUGUUGGAUGUUCCUACGUAUCGGUACUGUCAUGUACAACUGGAUACCCCAGGGAACAGCAGCCAUACUGAAUAAAGUCAAAGAAUGGUUCCUUCUUGCCAUGAAAUGUUUUAUAGUAGCAGCUUUACUGAUAGGAUUUGUACCUUUACUCCUGGGACUGCUGUUUGAAUUAGUCAUUGUAGCUCCCCUCAGAGUACCUCUUGACCAAUCUCCAAUUUUCUUUCCCUGGCAGGAUUGGGCUCUAGGAGUUCUCCAUGCCAAGAUAGUUUGUGCAAUAACCAUGAUGGGACCACAGUGGUGGUUAAAACGAGUCAUAGAACAGAUAUAUAAUGACGGAAUACGGAACAUCAACCUGAGAUUCAUCAUUACAAAACUGUGUGCUCCUGUGAUAGGUGUUCUGGGCAUGUCCUUAGCUGCCCCUUAUGUAGUUGCUAAUAGUAUUGUACCAUUUUUAGGUUUUGGUUUUGAAGCACAGGUUCUAGUAUUAAGACGAAUUUACCCAUGCCUCUUGGCCUGUUUAAUUAUUGUGUUAUUUGGAGUAUUCCAGGCUAGACAGUUCAGGAGAUUGUAUGAACAUAUAAAGAAUGAUAAAUAUCUGGUAGGUCAGAGGUUGGUGAACUAUGACUCAAGAAGGUUAAUUCAACUCCCACCUCCGAGGUUGCAGUCAUCAUAGCAUUAUCAUGUUUUUAAGAGAACCACCAAAUUGUGUAUUGAUUAUAUUACCAACAAAACUGAUACAUCUUUAAGGUUUAAUACAUUAUAAGGGUGUAUAAUUUUAAAGUGCUGAUGAUGUCUUGUGUAUGGUCUUUUUAUGUUAAGUGGCCAGAUAAUGUUAUCUGUCUAAGGAUGCUUUUCCCGAACAUAUCAGGAUUAGACUUACAUGAACUGCUAUACUGCCAUAUACCUGUA